UCUGAAUACUAAAUAAUAUCAGCCAUCAAAUUUUAGAACAAAUUUCAAUAUGGAUGAUCUUCCCAAAACUGUCCUGUGGAACUGGGCCAAAGGUCAAAGCAUUGAUCAGCCAAAAUAUCAAACAGAUCAAUAUGAGAAAAGUUUUCAAUCUGUUGUACAUAUUAAUGGGAAAAAAUAUACAAAUUUAUGCUUGGAAAAAAAUAAAAAGAAUGCUGAACAGGCAGCUGCUUUAGUUGCAGUUAUUUCUUUAGGACUUGGGAAAAAAGACAUGAAUCUUGAGACUUGUGGUUUGGAAUCUAUCAAAGAUUUUUCAAAUAAGACAUCACCUCCUGAUGCCCACUGUAAUCCUGAAAAUAACAAUACCCUUACCAUCAGAUGACAGCAGUCUUUGAAUAGAGCAGCUUAUGUAAUUUUAAAAUACAGAGUAUUUAAUAAAAUAAUAAUUUUAUAAA